AUGGCUUCAGCCAAUCAACAACAACGACGCUCUCUGGAUACCGAUGGCAUCGCUAACGCGACAGGGCCAUCCUCUACUUACACACAAACGAACUACCAGAACAUUGAUGUUCCUACCACCCUUGGGCAGGCUAUUGGCAAUACUUCUAAUACAGCUCAUCCAUUCCCCUUCUCUGGGGGUGAAAACAUUUUCAUUCCGACAACCUUUGGCGGACCCGGGGCUACUCAAAUGGCUUCAUCUUCUACCAACCCUAAUUCUUUCCAAAUUCCCGUUGCUGGACCUCCCGGACAAUCUAUUGGGUACGUCCCUGAUUUCCAGAUCCCAGACCCGGGAAUGGAGAUUACCACUCGCUCCCAAGGGCAUUUUGGUGGAACUACCCCAGGCGGCGGGAUGAACGAUCUCGCUGUCGCUAGGUACCCAUCACAGCAAGUGGCCAAUGCCAUCCGUGGUGGGGCCGAAGGUAGGAUCAUCGAAUAUUAUUGCGUUCCUGAGGUAGAUAGGGAUGUUGGAAUCGUUCCAACUCGACACUUGAAGUGCACUGGUGUUCCUAAUGACACCUCUCCAUCGAAUCUUAAGUCUUUCUUUGAGCAAUUCGGAGAUGUCUCGGGCCUGUUUGUUGAAAAGCUCUUGAGCAAUGGCAUCUUAUAUGUCUCGUUUUUCCACCUCCAGGCGUCCAUUCACUGCUAUAGGGACGUUCAGAUGAAAUGGCCUGCCAUCUACUGUGCUCGAACCACACUUGAAAAUGUGGUUAAUAACUUCGCAGCACACCCACUCACAACAGAGGGUGAAGUUCAAGUUGACGUUCUCAACGGGCAUUGUGAUACACAAACUAUUGUCGGAGCUCUAGGCGCCUUUGGAGACUUGCAUACUGUGCAGACUUACCGCAACAAUGAUGUCAGCACUGUUUUUGCAGAAUUUUAUGACAUCCGAAAUGCAGCUGCCGCUAUCAAUAGUUUGAAUGGUCAACAAGUUGAUGGCCUCGAGAUCCGUGUCAAUUGGCCAGAAGUUGAGAGAAUUGCCUGGACGAAGGCCUCUCAAAUGAUUGAGAUCCACGAGGACCAGAAUGUCUGUGUCGUCCACGCUGGCUCAACACAGUUGGUCAAUGAUGCUCGUAGACUCUAUGGCAUUCCCUUUUCCUCUGGACCUGGAACUGGCCAGGAACUCGCCCGUAGUCACUAUUGUGGCUCCAAUGCUCUUGUUCGAGGGCGUUCCGGUGCCAUGGCGCUCUAUGAACCAGAGAGCCCACGUUAUGACCCUGGGAUCAAUCGAAACAUCCUAGACCUUCAUAAUGUUCGAAAUGGAAUUGACCAACGAACAACUAUCAUGAUUCGCAACAUCCCCAACCACCUCCCUCAAAGCGUUAUCAAGGCUUGGUUAGACGAGGUUUCAUAUCGCAGAUAUGACUUUUUAUAUCUUAGAAUCGACUUUGCGAACCAUUGUAAUGUUGGUUACUGCUUCGUCAAUUACCUCACCCUUGCCGAUAUUGUUGACUUCGUUCAGCGACGAGUCGGUAUGCGAUGGUCGCAAUUCGGUUCCGAUAAGAUCGUCGAGGUUUCGUACGCCAACAUUCAAGGCAAAGCUGCUCUAAUUGAGAAGUUCCGUAAUUCUAGCGUCAUGGACCAGCCGUUCGAAUUUCGUCCAAGGGCUUUCCACACUGUGGGCGAACACUUCGGUCUGGAUAUGGAGUUUCCUCCACCAAAUAACCUCAACCGCAAGUUGCGUAGUGUUACAGCAGCCGAGCAUUCCGGCUUGUACAAUCCCCGUUACCGCAACGGGUCGGGCUACUAUCACCCUAAUCGCUUCGGAGGUGGAUUUGGUUACCAUCGUGGCCGUGCCUAUGGUAAUUUCGGUGGCCGUCACUUUGGUAAUGGCCACAACAACGGUUACGGAAUGAUGAACAAUGGUAAUCGCGGGCAAACUAAUCGUCUCGCAAUCACGAUGCCUGGAUAUGAGCCCACUAUAUACCGUACCCCAACUAGGAUCCAAACCAAUGUCCCUCAAGGCGCUGCUAAUGGCUUCGUCGGAACUAUUCCAAUUAACGAUGGUAUGAGUACCUUUUCUCAACCCGGGCCCUCCCAAGGCCCCCGUCCUAGAUCCUCCACAUCUUUCAGAGCUCCAAACCCUACCCAACCAGCGACUCUUCAUCCAGAAACACGCAUUCGUCAGGAGAAUGUUCCCCCUCGUCCUCGCAGCAACAUUCGAACUCAAGGGGCCCAGGCUCAACAUCAACCUGCUCGUGGUGGUAACGGAAAUCACAACCAAACCACGAACGGCACUGACCCAGAAUCAUACGGCCCGCAGACCCCAACAAUGACUGGUCGCUAUGAGAACAUCCAACGCGGUGGGCCUGGAUUUAGUAUCUACAGUUCCCCACUGUCCCCUGCUGGCUUGGUUAACGCCGGGUAUGUUCCAACUAAUCCCGCACCACCUGGAUUCAGUGCUUCCACCUUCUCCGAUGCUUUCGGUGAAAGAUCUACUCCCCAGGACACUCGUGCCAGGAGCCCGACCGACUAUAACACUAUGGCACGCAACCUCGAAGCUAUGAGACGUAUCUGGGAGCAAUAG